AUGACUGUCGAAGAUACCAAUAUUUGUGACCUAGAAACCGCUAACGAUCUUUUAGAUCGGCUUACAUUACGCCAAUUACACUUAAUGGAGGAGAAAAUGUGUCGUGAAUUGAACAUAGAAUCCACUAUAAAUAAUGGAUGUUUUCACUUAGCAAAGUCUCGUUAUAUUAUGGGUCAGACUUCAGUUAGCAAGGAACGCCUACCCACGGAGUCUAGUAUAGAAUUUUCAGCUUCGACUAUGUGCGAAACAGUUGAAGAAGCUGGUGAAACAAAAUUAAAGAUAGUAGAAAACGAUAAGGAUACAGUCAACCCUAUGCAUUGGUUUGGUAUUCUUGUUCCACAGAAUUUACAUAAAGCAAGAAAUAUUUUUCAAAAUGCUCUAAAUUUUGUUGUGGAGUGUGCUAAUAUUCAGAUUCAGUUGCUUGAGAAUUUCAAAAACAUUAAUGUUUUGAGGAAAUACAAGCACCACUUAAAAUCCGUUGAAUGA